CUACUUACCAUGUUAAUAAGUACAGGGGAGUAUUAAUGCGACGUAGGGUACAACGGGAGUACGCGUGGGGAGUAUUAUACUUGAAUUAAGGAAUUGGGUCACGGACACGGAGACAUAGGUUGCAGGGCUCCACUGGAGGAAAUGGGUAAGGGGUUGUGCACGUUCAAGCACAAGAAAGAGGGAAGUCAAUUGAGUAAUCGAGUUGGGUGUGGUGCAAUUUGUUUCCAAAAAAAUCCUUGCAGGGAGGAGGAAUUUUAGAUUUAUUUUCUAGUAUGCUGAUGGUGAUGGCGAUGGGCCUCGUCACAUCAACUUCAAAAAUAGAAAAAGCACGGCGAAGUGGGGACGGCGGGGCCCGAUCAGAUACUCAAGAA